UAUUAUUUUUUUUAUUUUUGUUGUUGCGUUUUAUGGUGAUGAUGAUGAUGAUGAUAGGGGUGGUGGUGAUUUUGAUGUUGUUUUGUAAUUUCAGGAAUUUAAUUUCUGUACAUUAAGGAAACAUGUCCCCCUCAAAAUGAAUUACUGUGACCAUUUAUAUGGUGCACUCUCACUUUAAGGACAAAAUUGAGAUGUGACCCCACCUAUGAGGAUCCAGUAUUAUGUUGGUGUUUACAUCUACCCAGGGGAAGGAUUUGGAGAACUUGUGAGCAGCAAGCACAAACGAUGAUGCAUCAUCACAACACGUUAUUGAUUACGACUCGAUUGUGUUUUAGUUUGAAUGUAGAUCUGGUUUCACACCAGGUCUAAGGACUUUACUUUGCAUCAUUUUGCAUUAGUUUCCUUAGAAGGCACAAGGGAGUUAUGAGAUGGAUUUAACAUUUAAAAAUCAACAUCGGGUCAAUGUUUGGGGGCAUUUUGUACAAUGUCCUUCAAAAUGGUAUGGAUAAAAUACAUUUUAAAACUCCAGUGAAAUUGACACUAAUGGUUAAUGGUUAAUUUAACCUGUCGAUUGUUUUUAGAGGAAAGCCACAGUUUUGCAUUGCAAACAGGCCUUCGUAUGUUGCUCUGUAAUGACCCCUAUUGGGUGCAGUUUGCACAGUGUAUGUCAAGUAACUCAAAAGCAGCGAGUACGGUGACGUUAUGUCUCCCAAUUGUUACCCAAUUAUAUCUAUUCUUAUUUUCAGUUUAAAGUACCUCCUAUGCCACCUGCCACCUGGGACCACUGCGUGCAAGGAAACAAGUACUGCAUAAAUCUGAUACGUUUACAACUGUGAACAAAAACUGUAGAAUGAAUCUGUUCAUAUGUACGGUCCUCUGGAAACAUAGCAUCGCUGAGAAACCUGCAUUGGAGUUACUUGAAGUGCAUUUUCCUCCUUCAGACCACAAAUCUCUGAACGCCUCAAGCCAGUCAUUAUAAAGUCACCAUAUAUCACCAGAAAUUUGUGUAUACUUCCAUAAAAUCCUGCAUCACACACUAAGCGCUGUCUGGCGUAAUCAGAAACAGAAAGUGAACUAUCCCUUUAAGGUGUUUCAGAUGUUCGGGAUAUAGGAUGAGGGCCAGAAUUACCCAGCCAGAUCGAGAGAGAAUUUGUCCAGGGACCGGAGAGACACCCAUACCCUUUGUAGUGAACAGCCUGAGAGUUUUUUUACUUUAGUUUUUGUCUCAUGCAACAACAAAAAAAAAAACGUAAGUUGAUUGGCCGUUGACUCUUUUCGUGACUGAAUAACUUUGGCCAGUGAAUGUUUUGGCUUCCCGUUCUUUAAUCACCUUGUCUCAAUGCGAUUCUUAUUCUUAGUCUGUCUGGCUGCUGCACAACAAACCAGAUCAAACAGGAGGUUUUCCUUUGGUCCGGGCUGUUCUCCUGACUUGAACUGAGUUUGGAUUCAGUGGACUGGGAAGGAUGAUGAGGAUGAAGAUGAUGAUGAUGAUGAUGAUGAUGAUGAUGAUGAUGAUCUUGUAGCUGCGCUGCACUGUGCCUCUGGAAUUCAAUCCCAAGCCAUAUCGGAGGCAAAUCAAAGAUAUACACCAUCCAAGAGGCACUGACAUAAAUUAUAAAGAUGAGGAGGAUGAACCAGUCGAAAUGUCGUCCUCGCUGACACGGACGGAACCAUUCUCGCAGUUCUAACACUUCACCACAAGAGAGUGGUAUAGUACUUUCAGAGCAGAGUGAGACCGUGGACGUAUAACCUGUUAGCUGUCUACAAGAUCACGUCCAGUAGCAAAAUGGCGUCUGACAGUGAUGGUGAAGAAGAUUUUGUGACUUAUGGAACCCCUUUAGAACCUCUCGAAGAAGGUGAGCCCCUGAGGAAGCCGAUCCCAAUUCAGGAUCAGAUGGUCAAGGAUGAGAAGGGACGCUUCAAGAGGUUCCAUGGAGCCUUCACGGGUGGUUUUUCGGCUGGCUACUUCAACACUGUGGGAUCCAAAGAAGGAUGGGCACCAUCGACUUUUGUGUCGUCACGACAGCAGAAAGCGGAAAAACAAAUGGUCAGACCUGAAGAUUUCAUGGAUGAGGAGGAUCUUGGUGAGCACGGCAUAGCGCCCCGCGAGAUCACCACCACGGAUGACUUUGCGUCCGGGAGACGGGACCAGGUGCGGGACAAGGCCCGGGCCAUCACCGCUCUGACCGCGCCCAUCCCGGGGGACACUGUGCUGGAGGACCUUGUUGCUCCGGCCAGGACUUCAGUGGGGGUUGAGCUGCUGAGAAAGAUGGGGUGGAAAGAAGGGCAGGGUGUGGGGCCCCGUGUGAAGAGGAAACCUGCCAAACAGAAGAACGAUGCUGGGUUAAGAGGGUAUGGCUGUGCUUUGCCACCGAAUGGAUCUGAGGAAUCUGAGGAGGAGGAGGAUGACUACGUCCCUGAAAACGUGACGUUUGCGCCGAAAGACGUCAUGCCCAUCGACUUCACCCCCAAAGACGACCUGCACGGGCUGGGGUACCGGGGCCUGAACCCGCAGCAGGCGCUGGUGGGCGGGUCCGGGGCGGGGCACUUUGACCUCUUCACCCUGGACUCGGACAGGGCCAGCAGCCUGCUGGGCGACUCCGGCCCUAAAAACAGGCGGAGGGGCGGGGUAGCGGGUCAGGCGUUUGGCGUGGGGGCGCUGGAGGAGGAGGAUGAUGAUAUCUACCACAGGGACGCCCUCUCCAACUACGACACCGUGCUGGGGGGGGAGGAGCCAGGAGACGGGCUCUUCGGCUGGACGGCGCCACAGCAGUACAGAAACAAGAAAAAAGCGCCCAGUAAAGAUGCAGCUUAUCUGGGUAAAAUACUGGAGGGCUUCACCCUGGCUGCCAACCCCGUGGACAAUAAAACAAUUUUCCCCCCUCCUGUGCUCCCGCGGGACUACAGGCCGGUGCACUACUUCCGGCCCGUGGUGGACCUGUCCACCGUGAGUCCCCAGGUGGCCCAGGCCCUGAAGGCGUCGGCGGGGCACCUGUCCCAGGACUCCCAGCCUCAGGGGCGUCACCAGCUGGACUCCUCUCAGCGGAGAGAGCUGCUGGGGGAGUCGUCUCUGCAAGGGCCCAGCUCAGUCUUUGACCUGCUGGACGGUAAGGACAAGGAGCGUCUGGAGGGACUGCGGAAAGCAGCGCAGGAGAGGAAGCCUGAAGGCUCGUCUGAAGACCGGCGCGUGGCCAUGGUGGCAGCGGGCGUGGCCGCCGCGGGUGCAGCCGCCGCCGCCGCCAGGGCCUCUUCCCAGCAUGCCCUGUCCAGCCGCUUCCAGCCCGCGGGCGCUGAGCAGGCCCUGAGCGCCUGGAGCAGCCCUACGGCGCAGUCCGCCCAGACCUUCAAGCCCUUCGACAAAACCCCGCACAAGCAAGCGCGCUACGACCUGUACAUCAGCAGGCUGAAGCAGGGAGACAAAGGCGCUCUGGAGGCCAGCCUGGACCCCGGGAUGACGGAGUGGGAGCGGGGGCGGGAGCAGGACGAGUUUGUGCGGGCCGCCAUGCUCUACAAGCCCAGCAGCUCGUCCCUGAACAGCCGCUUCACCCGCGCCAAGCACGAGGACGACGGCAGCACCGUGGAGGUCCCGCGUGACCCGGAGGGUGACGCCGACGACAAGCAGGCGGCGGUGAAGAUGAAGAUGUUCGGGAAGCUGACGAGGGACACGUUUGAGUGGCACCCCGACAGACUGCUCUGCAAGCGCUUCAACAUCCCUAACCCUUACCCCGAGUCAGGGCUUGUGGGACUGCCCAAGGUAAAAAGAGACAAGUUCUCCGUGUUCAAUUUCUUAACCAUGACGGACGGCGGCGGUGUGUCCGUCCUUCCUCUCCCUGUUCGAGCAGGUGCCCCCAAAUCUGCAGAACCGGCGAAGAGGUCGAGGUGGGACGUGUCGGCCCAAGCCAGCGCGGCGAAGGACCCCCUCAGCGAGUUCCUGAGCGAGGCUCGCUGCCUGGCCUCGUCCACACCGCAAGAGCAGGGCAGCCAGGAGGGCGGCGCCCCAGCACCAGACGCUGCUGCAGAGUCGAAAGCAGAGCCGCAGCAGGAAGAGGAGGAGGAGGAAGAGGAGACCCGGCCGCCCAUGGAUUUGUUCAAGGCCAUCUUCGCCAGUUCAUCCGACGAGAAGUCUUCCUCGUCGUCUGAGGGGGAGAGCGAGGACGAGCAGGAGGAAGGUGGCCAGGAACAGCCAGGGCCUCAGGCAGUGAGCCAGCCCAACACAGGCCCCCACCCGCCAGCUGCUGCAGCUCCACCCACCCCCACCCCAGCCCCGGCCCAACGAGAAGUGAAAGCUGCCCCAGUGGCGAGUGGGUCCUCUGGCGUCCCUCCCCAGGGCCGGAGAGAGGAAGAGGAGGAGUUUGGGCCCAGACUGCCGCCUCCGUCAUACCCUUGGGGACAGCAGCUUUCCUCCUCAGUCCCUCCAUCCAAGGAGGAAAAACACAAGAAGAAAUGCAAAGAGAAGCACAAGGCCAAGAAGGAGCACAAACACAAGAAGGAGAAAAAGCACAAGAAGAAACACAGGAAGCACAAACACAAGGGAAAGCAGAAGAAGAAGAAGGCGGCGGAGGACUCCGGCAGCAGUUCCGGUGCCUCGGCGGACAGCGGCAGCGACUCGGACGACGGCCCUGGCGCUUUGUCGACCGAGGAGCUGCUGAAAAGGCUGAAAACUCUCGGUGGGAAGAAAGUGCUUUGAAUGCGCUGAAACGGAAGAAGCGCACGUGUCCUCUGUGAGGAUGCCCUUUGGCUCACUGCUGUGGUGUCACGUGGUGCUCAACGCAUAGCAUACGUUGUAUAGCCCCGUUCAGAGCCCUGUACAGACGGAUCCUCAGUUCCCUCAGACUGCAGCUGGGAACUGCUCAGUAGAGUGCCACAGGAAUUGGAAGUGAAUUAUGAUUCUUUAUGACUCUUUAUUUUACAGUUUCUAAAGACUGUAGAUUUUCAAGUCGUCACCCAUCAAGAUGGUGGAGAUUUUGUUUUUAAAUAAAUGCGAACUUGGCAGAGUGUAAAUAUUUGGACUUUUAAUUUAGAUAUUUGGUUGUGGAUUUUUGAUGAAGUUUGUAUUAAACAUCGACAUCUUGGGGUUUUAA